UCCUCUGUGUGUGCUCGCUCGGUUUCGUCGGGGCCCACACUUCGGUAGCGCACAGAAGCUAACACGAUGUCGAGGGUGUAUAUCGGACGGCUGAGCUACAGAGCCAGAGAAAAGGACGUGGAGAGGUUCUUCAAAGGCUACGGGAAGAUACUGGAAGUCGAUCUGAAAAAUGGGUAUGGGUUUGUUGAAUUUGAUGACCCCCGCGAUGCAGACGAUGCUGUGUAUGACCUGAACGGCAAAGAGCUGUGUGGAGAAAGGGUCAUUGUGGAGCACACCAAGGGACCCCGUCGCGAUGGAGGCUAUGGUGGAAGGAGUGGAUAUGGGCGCUGGGGAAGAGACAGAUACGGUCCGCCUAUAAGGACAGAUUACCGGCUCAUUGUUGAGAAUCUUUCCAGCCGUUGCAGCUGGCAGGACCUGAAGGACUACAUGAGGCAGGCAGGGGAGGUGACUUACGCCGACACCCACAAGGGCCGGAGGAAUGAGGGGGUCAUAGAGUUCAGGCUCUACUCGGACAUGAAGAGGGCUCUGGAGAAGCUGGACGGCACAGAGGUGAACGGCAGAAAGAUCCGGCUCAUUGAGGACCGCCCUGGAGCCAGACGCCGUCGCUCUUAUUCUCGCAGUCGCAGCCGUUCCAGGUCCCGAUCCAGGAGCCGCAGGUCUCGCAAGAGCCGCAGCCGCAGUGAGAGCAGCAGUCGCAGCCGUUCCCACUCCAGGGCGGCGUCCCGCUCCCGCAGCCGAUCUCGUAGCAAGAAGAAUAAGGCCAAGAGCAAGAAGGAGGAAGAGGAGCGCAGCAACGGCGCUCAGAAGAGCAAGGACCGCAGCAGGAGCCGCAGCCCCAAGAGCAAAAAGAGCAAGAAAGAAGGGAAGAAGGGCAAGAAGGAGGAUUCCCGGUCCAGAUCUCGCUCUCGCUCCAGGUCUCGUUCUAGAUCAGGAAUAAAGGAUCGCUCCAGGAAAUCUGGCUCAAAGGGCCGCGAGCCGCCCAAGAGUGACGACGAGGGAGGUGAGCCAGAGAGGGGAUCUCGUUCCCGUUCCCGCAGCCCCAUUGAACCCAAAUCCAGAGCCAGGUCUAAAUCCAAGUCCAAAUCCCGCUCCCCCUCACCUGCCAAAGCCCGCUCCCACUCCCGAUCUGCCUCACGGUCAGAAUCCCGCUCCAAAUCCCGCUCCCAGUCUCGCUCUCGCUCCCGUUCCCGCUCCUAGUUCAGAUUUUGGACUGUUUGUCACAAGCCCUUAUCCCAGUGUCUCCCCCUGUCCUCCAGUUACAUUCCCCGAACCCCACAACACUACCCCUGCCUCCUGUUUUUGAUAAAUAGCUGUAGAAUACCAGGCACUCAUGAGCAAUGUCUUUUAUGCACAUGCUACUCCAUUUCAUUUGACUUUUACUCAGCAUUUUUUUUUUUUCAAUAGAGCUAUCCCAUACGGAGGUGUUUGUAAAAUAACAGGGUGCAAUCUCAGUUUUAUAAGUUUAAAUGGUGUUAUGGUAUGUGUCUUAGCCUUUUUUUUUUUUUUUUUUUUUUAAAUCAAAUGUAGGAGCAUACUGUUUGUCAUUAUGCUGGGUGGGAACAUGUUCCAACAUCUCCUCACCUUUGUGAAAUCCUUGUAUCGUUUUAUUUCAGAUUAAAAACAAAAAUGCCUGUU